AUCAAAUACUAUUCAUGUUCAAUUUGAUAACAAAGUCUCCAUAUCUUUUCACUCAAGAGUACCAACAAGCUUCAUGCUUCAUGUUUCUCCUUCACAUUCCAGGAGUCUUCUUCUUCACAUAUCCUCUGCAUUAGCUUCUCACCGUUGGAUUUCUAAUGCCUACAACGUCCAAAUCCACUUUAACCCAACAAAAUCCAACGACGUUUUCGAUUAUUUCGACCACCUUCUACGACAAUGCACCACCUCCACACAAUCCAAACAAAUACACGCCCAAAUCAUCCACUUUCGUGGCUUAUCAACCGUAUUCUUACCUUCAAAACUCAUAUCUAUUUACACCAGAUUUAACCUUCUCACUGACGCACAAAAAGUCUUUCAAUCCGUCCCAAUUGAACACCUUUUCAACACAAUCAUUUGGAACUCGAUGUUAAGAGCUAAUGUCACUAAUGGAGACUGUCAAGAAGCCCUUAGGGUUUAUACCCAAAUGAGAAAUUUUGGAACUUUAGCUGAUGAGUUUACUUUCCCAUUGAUUUUGCGUGCUUGUGCUGUGAUGGGUCAACGAAAGUCGUGUGCUUUAGUUCAUUGUCAUGCUUUACUAAUGGGGUUUCAAGAUAAUCUUUAUGUAGCGAACGAAUUGUUGGCUGCGUAUGGGAAACUUGGGCAAAUGGGUGUUGCACGCCAAGUGUUUGAUGAAAUGAUUGUUAGAAGUUGUAUUUCUUGGAACACUAUGGUUUCGGGUUUCGCUUUUAAUUAUGAUUGUGAUGGUGCUGUUGAGAUGUUUAAGAGGAUGGAAGUUGACGGGUGGGAGCCGAAUCUUGUGACUUGGACUUCUUUGUUGUCGAGUCAUUCUCGAUGCGGUUACUAUUUGGAAACGUUGAGACUAUACAAUGUGAUGAGAAGCAAAGGUAGUAAAUCUUCCGCUGAAUCACUUGCUGUGGUUGUAUCCGCAUGUAACGAUUGUAAUACGUUUAAUAAAAUUAAGGAGCUCCAUGGGUACGUAGUAACGGUUGGUUUUGAGGAUUAUUUAUUUGUUAAAAACUCUCUUUUAUGCGCGUAUGGUAGGCAUGGAGUUUUGGAAGCUGCUGAAAAACUGUUUACGGAGAUCAAAAACAAGAGUUUAGUGAGUUGGAACGCUUUGAUUUCGUUAUACGCUCAAGUUGGUCUAUGCGAUGCGGCUUUCUCUACAUUCUUAAACUUGAAGAAUUCCAAAAAACAUCUCGUGCCUAAUGUGAUAAGUUGGAGUGCUGUUAUAAACGGUUUUGCUUCAAACGGGAGACCCGAUGAAUCGUUGAAACUAUUCAGAAAAAUGCAGCUUGCAAAAGUGAAUCCGAAUGUUAUAACCAUAUCGACUAUCUUAUCAGUUUGUGCAGAUUUAUCUGCAAUUGUUUUCGGUAAAGAAAUGCAUGGUUAUAUCAUUAGAAACUUAAUGAACGCCGAUCUAUUGGUUGUUAACGGGUUGAUAAACAUGUAUGCCAAAUGCGGUAUCCUUAAGGCGGCGUAUAUAACGUUCAAGAACAUAAAACAUAAAGAUUUAUGCUCAUGGAAUACGAUGAUCAAAGGGUACGGAAUGCAUGGAUUCGGUAAACGCGCGUUAGAAAUCUUUAAACAAAUGAUUAACGAUGGAAAUAAGCCUGACGGGGUUACGUUUAUUUCGUUACUUUCUGCUUGCAGUCAUGCGGGCCUAGUUAAUGACGGGAGUAAGCUAUUCGAACAAAUGAAACCCGAGUUUGGAAUCGAACCCGAGAUUGAACACUAUGCGUGUAUGGUUGACCUUCUUGGGCGGGCUGGGCUUUUCGAAGAAGCAAGUGAAGUUGCGAAAAAGAUGCCGUUGCAGCCCAAUGUAUGUGUAUGGGGUGCGCUUUUGAACUCGAGUAGAAUGCAUAAGAGUUCAGAUUUGGAUGAACGUUUGGUUUCGAAGAUACUUGAGCUUAGUUCUGAAACCGGAAAUUAUAUGUUAAUGUCGAAUAUAUAUGCGCAAAGUGGUCAAUGGGAGGAGUCUGCAAAAGUCAGAGUAUCAGCUCGGGCACGGGGUUUGACUAAAACGCGAGGUCAAAGCUGGAUUGAGUUGAAUAAACGGGUGCGUAGGUUCACAGCAGGGGAGUUUGCAGAAAGUGAGAGUAAGGAAGUUGAAACACUGGUCAAGAUUUUGAGUUUUCAAAUGAAGAUGGAGAAUAUAGAUGAAGAAAUCUUGUUAACUUAUUGAUUUGGAUCAUUUUACAUGUAUAUAUCUUUUACAUAGUAGUAUCAUAUAUUGGAUUUAUUUCUAUUAAAAA